AUGGCUACAGUCCGACAUGCUCGCCGGGAGGAUGCGCCCGUGAUCCUCGAGCUCAUUCAAGCUUUGGCCGACUAUGAAAAAGAGCCUGAUGCCGUCGAGGCUACUGUCGAAUCUCUCGAAAGGACGAUUGCCUUUGCGCCCUCCGAUUCAGCCGGCAAUGAUGCCACGGUCCCCAACACGGAAGCUAUUACUCCUGACCGACCGUCGCGGUGCUUGCUACUGUUCUCCCCUGAGGGAAAGGCAGUCGGAAUGGCGCUGUAUUUCUACAGCUACAGCACAUGGAGGGCCAAGGCUGGUAUCCAUCUGGAGGAUCUUUUCGUCCAGCCCUCUGAGAGAGGGAGAGGGUACGGCAAGAGGUUGUUGGUCGAGCUGGCGAAGCAGGUUGUUGCGAUGAAGGGCGGAAGAUUGGAGUGGGUUGUUCUCAAGUGGAACGAGCCCAGCAUCAAGUUUUAUGAGAGUAUUGGGGCCAAGGCGUUGGAUGAGUGGGUUGGUAUGCGCGUAGAUGGCGAGGGAUUAGAAAAGUUGGCCUGUUGCAUGGAUUAG